AUGGAAAAUGAAGAAUUUGGCCAAGAUUUUGGCUGGAAAACAGAUCACUCAAACAUAAGUGCUGAAACAGAUGCAGUUUCCACAUCUGCUUACUCAUCACCAGCCAAAAGUUUGGGAGACCCUGGAAUAACUCCACUGUCUCCAUCACAUAUUGUGAAGGACUCUGAUGCAGAUGAUGCAGUAGAACAGUUAUUUCUUGUUGUUGUGGCUAUUGAUUUUGGCACGACAUCCAGUGGCUACGCCUACAGCUUCACCAAGGAACCAGAAUGUAUUCAUGUGAUGAGACGAUGGGAAGGUGGAGAUCCAGGCGUAUCCAAUCAGAAGACACCAACCACUAUCCUCCUAACACCGGAGAGAAAGUUUCAUAGCUUUGGGUAUGCAGCAAGGGAUUUCUACCAUGACCUGGAUCCCACUGAAUCAAAGCACUGGUUGUAUUUUGAAAAGUUUAAGAUGAAGCUACACACCACCGGUAAUCUUACCAUGGAGACAGACCUGACAGCUGCAAAUGGCAAAAAAGUCAAAGCACUUGAGAUAUUUGCUUACGCUCUGCAGUUCUUUAAGGAACAGGCAUUAAAGGAGCUCAGUGACCAAGGAGGCUCGGACUUUGAAAACACGGAAGUAAGAUGGGUCAUUACAGUGCCUGCUAUUUGGAAGCAGCCUGCAAAGCAGUUUAUGAGGCAAGCUGCCUACAAGGCAGGAAUGGCAUCUCCUGAAAAUCCCGAGCAGUUGAUCAUUGCCCUGGAACCUGAGGCUGCUUCUAUCUACUGCCGAAAGCUCCGCCUGCACCAGAUGAUAGACCUGAGUAGUAGGGCGCCUGUCAAUGGUUACAGCCCAAGUGACACUAUUGGAACUGGAUUUACACAGGCUAAGGAACACGUCCGUCGUAAUCGACAAAGUCGUACCUUUUUGGUGGAAAAUGUCAUAGGAGAGAUCUGGUCCGAACUGGAGGAAGGUGACCGUUACAUCGUUGUUGACAGUGGAGGAGGCACAGUGGAUAUGACUGUCCAUCAGAUAAGGCUCCCUGAAGGACAUCUUAAGGAGCUAUACAAGGCAACAGGUGGACCAUAUGGUUCUCUAGGUGUGGACUAUGAAUUUGAAAAGCUCCUGUGUAAAAUAUUUGGAGAAGAUUUUAUUGAGCAAUUUAAAAUCAAGCGUCCUGCCGCCUGGGUAGAUCUGAUGAUAGCGUUUGAGUCUCGUAAACGGGCAGCAUCUCCAGACAGAACCAAUCCACUAAACAUCACUCUGCCUUUCUCCUUCAUUGACUAUUACAAGAAGUUUCGAGGUCACAGUGUAGAACAUGCCUUGAGGAAAAGCAAUGUGGACUUUGUGAAGUGGUCCUCCCAGGGAAUGCUGAGGAUGAGCCCGGAUGCAAUGAAUGCUCUUUUCAAACCUACGAUUGACCAGAUUGUUCAGCACCUUAGUGAUGUGUUUGAUAAGCCAGAAGUGACCAAUGUCAAGUUUCUGUUCCUGGUGGGUGGCUUCGCUGAAUCCCCCUUACUCCAACAAGCUGUCCAGAGUGCUUUUGGUUCAAGAUGUCGAGUCAUCAUUCCUCAGGAUGUGGGACUCACUAUCCUCAAAGGAGCUGUUCUCUUUGGUCUAGACCCUGCUGUCAUCAAAGUGCGGCGUUCACCUCUCACCUACGGUGUGGGUGUGCUCAACCGGUUUGUGGAAGGGAAGCAUCCACCAGAGAAGCUGCUGGUCAAAGAUGGCACACGCUGGUGCACUGAUGUCUUUGACAAAUUUAUCUCAGCCGACCAAUCUGUAGCCCUUGGAGAAACUGUGACACGCAGUUACACGCCUGCCAAACCUUCUCAGUUAGUAAUAGUGAUCAAUAUCUAUAGCUCAGAACAAGAUAAUGUCAGCUUCAUCACUGAAUCUGGAGUGAAAAAGUGUGGCACCCUUCGCUUGGAUCUCACGGGAACUGAUGCUGCAGUGCCAAACCGGCGGGAGAUCAAAACGCUUAUGCAGUUUGGGGACACUGAAAUCAAAGCCAUGGCCAUUGAUGUUGCCACCUCUAAAAGUGUCAAAGUUGGUAUUGAUUUCUUAAACUACUAACAGCCCAUUUUCCCC